GUAACUCCUAAGUUAGCUUGCUGAUUGUUUACAUACAAUGUGCAACGUGAGAAACAACAAAGAUAUAGGCUACAGCACACUUUUUCAAUAAGAUCACAAAUAUCAGCAAGGUGUAAGCAGAUUGAUUUGAUGUGAAAAUGGCAGUCAACGACUUGCAACAUGUUGAAAAGUGUAUUGAGGAUGGGGCCCUCUCAAAGCUGUUGCAACUCCCAUCAACUCUUGAUGACUUUUCAGAAGCCAGCCUCAUUAGAAGCAUGGGAUUUUUUCUCAAGGCCAGUGAGAAGCAAAUUGUCCUGGCCACCAAAGACUUAUCGAAUGACGCCAUACAGAAAAACCUCUCAUGGACCAAGAACAAAUCCUCAUCCCCUUUCAGUAAUAGACGCUGCUAUGCAAUAAAUAUAAUGUUGAAACAGCGGUUCAGCCCUCAGUUUUUGCAAGAAGCUGCAAGAUCUCUUCCUUUUGAUUGUGUAUUGAGCCUGAUCAAGUACCUUCACACUGUCCUGUUGUGGCUGCCUGCCGUGCCAAAUAAAAAUGAGUCUGCCCCGUCACUUGAACACAUAAUCGACUGGCUGAACGCCCUCUUAGACAGCCAUGUGCAGCAACUCAAGCUGGCGGAGGACGCCACAGAAGUCGUGCAGACCUUGUACGAGCAGGUCACACUCAUGACAAAAUGGCAGCUGGAGACCAAGGCUUUGCUGGGUGCCCUGGCAGAACUCAACAGACAAGUGGAGGAACAGCAGCGAAAUACCAAAAUGGGGAACUAUUGCAUCGAAGUCAUUUCUUUUUGAGGGAGUAAUAAAUUUACAGGAAAAAAACUAA